AUGGAAUCCGCACAGCUAACCCAAAUUGACGGUUCUUAUCUUGAUAAAGAAUUCAGUCAUUAUGUCAUCCUCGCUCAAGACUUAAUGAGACAAAUGAAAUCAUCAGAAGAUCGUCGAAUUUGUGCUCGUUACAUGACGCAAUGUAAUAAAAUGAAGAGUGACAAUUUAAACAUUAAAUAUCAUCGCAAUCGCUUCUUCCGUUAUAUGCUGAAAACAAUGAAAAAGACAGUUGAGAAUCAAGCAAUUCAAAAGGAUUAUUUCUUUCAUUUGCCUGAGGAGAUGCAAAUGGGAGACAAGAAUGAAAUGAAGCCACAGUGGAGUGCGGAUGGGAGGACUUAUGUCGCAGCAAAAAUCAUUCCCGGUUAUGCAACGUUGAUUUACAUGGCUGUAACGAGUAAAACAGAAGAUGGAUGGGAUCAUGAUGGAUUUGCAAAAUUUAGUUCCUAUCUGCCUGAUGUAAAUGUUGAUGAGAUUUUACGGAUGGCUAAAAUGAACAUGAAUAAGGUAGAUAAUGAUGAGAUUAAUGAAAAUCAAGCUGAAGAUUAA